GGCACACACAGAAGUGGUGUGCUGCGCCGCGGCUAGCUUAAUGCUAGUGAGGAAAAAGCACACAAUCACUUCUGAAGGACGGAAAGAAACGCUGCUGUUGUCCGGAACAUUUCCCCACCGUUUGUACCUGCUCAGCGUCCUAAGAUAAAACCAGCAGGCUUUAGGACCUUUGGCCAUGUCAGGACAGAGGAGAGGAGCUGCAGCACGGCUGCCCAAAUGUGCCUUCUGCAAAAGCAUCCGGGACAAGGAGUGUGGCCAGCUGCUGGUGUCUGACAGCCAGAAGGUGGCAGCCCACCAUAAGUGCAUGCUUUUCUCUUCGGCUCUGGUCACGUCACACUCGGACAGCGAAAACAUCGGAGGGUUUUCCAUUGAUGAUGUAAAAAAGGAGAUCAAGAGGGGAAGCAAACUGAUGUGCUCCGGAUGUCGCCGGGCGGGUGCAACCAUUGGUUGUGACGUCAAGACGUGCCGGAGGACGUAUCACUAUUAUUGCGCCGUCAAGGACAAAGCUCAGAUCAAAGAGAACCCGUCACAGGGGAUUUAUCUUAUUUACUGUCGCAAACAUCGGGACGCAUCUCAGGAUAAUAUUCAAGAUGAAGAGGAAGGCGUGGCCAACGACUCGGACUCAUCACCUCCACAAAGUCGAGGCAGGGGGAGAUUUGAGAAAAGCAGAGCUAAGAUGGCAUCUCGUGGCCAGUCAGAAGAAACUCGCUCCACUUCCUCCUCGCAGGCCGCAGACGAAGAGAGCUCUUCCCAUCGGGACAGGUCACCCCUUCGUGCUAGCCCAGGAGAUGGUGGCCAGCGCUGUGGCUUCUGCCAUGCAGGCGAGGAAGAGAACGAAAUGAGAGGCGUCCUCCACACAGAUAACUCCAAGAAAGUUGCUGCACACUACAAGUGCAUGCUUUUCUCAUCGGGUACGGUGCAGCUUACGACUACAUCGCGGGCUGAAUUUGGCAACUUCGAUGUAAAAACAGUCAUCCAGGAAAUGAAGAGAGGCAAACGAAUGAAAUGCACGCUGUGCAGUCAGCUGGGUGCUACUAUUGGCUGUGAAAUUAAAGCCUGUGUGAAGACCUACCACUAUCAUUGUGGGCUGCAGGACAAGGCAAAGUACAUAGAAAACAUGGCUCGCGGCAUUUACAAACUCUACUGUAAGAACCACAGUGGGAACGAGGAGAGGGACGAGGAGGAUGAGGAGAGAGAGAGCCGCAGUAGAGAGAGGGCAGCGAUCGACCAUGGAGGAACACCGUCAACGCAAGUAAACGGCAACUAGGUUAGUGACGUGGGGAGAAGCUGAAGAACUCAAAGCAAUGGGAGACCUGUUUUUAUACUAAACCUUAAGCCCACUCACAGUCACGGUCCAGGAGCUCCCUUCGGUCGGCCACGUGGUUUUUCUUUUUUCUUUCCUCUCUCCAGUAAAUGGACAUUGUGUUCCAGUGUGCACCAGAUGUAGUCUUUAUGAGACCCUGUUUGGAGCUGACUGGGUACUUUUCACAGAUUAGUGUUACCCUGUUGAUCACUGGACCUUUGCAGCAUGAUGAAAGCAGUGGCUAAUCUUUCUCCAAAUUCAUCAUGGGGUGCAGAUUAAUGCCAUUAGUAUGAACAGAUGGACUGAUCUGAUUGUCAUUUACUGCCCAUGACCCCCCCCCAACAUCCCCAGAUUACACGAACCACACUCAAGGAAAGUUGAAACCUUUCCUGCUCUCCUUCAGCCUCUGUGGGACUCACUUUUAAGAUGGGUCUGUUUGUUACUAGUCUUUCUCAAGUUGUUGAUUACCCUGUUUCUGAUAUCAUGUCUUAAGAAUACUCUACAUGUAUAAGAAUACUCUACAUGUAACAUGUUCUUUCUUGAUAAUGUAAUAUUUUGCUACUGUAUCCCAAUCAUUAGUACUUUUGAAUAUCCGGAUGUCAGACAGUGACAAGUUUUGCCAGCAUGCUCUUGGGUUUUCCCCACUGUCAAAGGUGGUGUUUCUGUUUUUAUCUGACUCCUAAAGGGCAACCUAGAGCCCUUUAGGGGAGGAGGGUCGACCCUGUUCGGUGUACUGUUUACUUGCAUCUCAAAUGUAUUCAUGGAUGAUUGGAAUAGAAAAUAUUUUGUUUUACACA